AUGACAUUUACUUUUUCAUUUAUUAAAAAACCUGCUAGCUUCACAAAAUAUUUGCAACGUCAUCUUUCAUCAAAGAAAAUUGCAGUGAUGGCAUCUAAUUCUUCGUACAAUGUCUACAUUCCGAAUGAUACUAUUCCAACUGCACAGACGAAAAUCAAAUUGGCAGAUCGUGUCUUAAUAUCUCCAUUGGUUCUUGGUACUUGGGCAUGGGGAGAUAAAAAACAAUGGGAUUGGAAUGAUGCAUUAGAUGUACAAGCUAAAGAAGCAUUUGACAUGUCUAUAUCAAAAGGUAUCAAUACAUUCGAUACUGCUGAAAUUUAUGGAAAUGGUGAAAGUGAACGUUGUAUUGCUCGAUAUAAAGCAAAUUAUCCAACAUCUGGAAGUGAAGAUAUCGUCAUUGCUUCCAAAUAUCUUCCACUACCAUACAAAUUAUCUUAUCCAAGUUCAUUGAUCAAUGCACUUCGAGCUAGUCUUGAUAGAUUAAAAGUUGAUUGCGUUGAUCUUUAUCAAAUUCAUGGUCCCAUAAGCCUUCGUUCUAUUGAAGUACUUGGUAAUGCAUUAGCUGAAGCAAUUAAACUUGGUCUUACCAAGACUGUCGGUGUUUCCAAUUAUUCAAUUGAAGAUACAAUUAAAAUGUAUGAUUGUUUACAAAAACAUGGCAUUCAACUAGCAUCAAAUCAAGUCGAAUAUUCACUUCUUCGUCGUACACCAGAGACAUCAGGACUCAUUGCAGAAUGUCAUAAACGAGGUAUUGCUGUUCUAGGAUAUUCUCCACUUGCAAUGGGUCGUCUAACAGGGAAGUAUUCAAUAGCAAAUCCACCACCUAAAGGUCGUAAUUUCUCUAAUGUUAGUAUGGAGGAAUUAGAACCAUUAUUGGAAUCAAUGCGUGGUAUUGCAGAGAAGCGACAAGUUAGUGUUUCUUCAAUUGCUUUGAAUUAUGUUAUUUGUAAAGGUGUUAUUCCACUUGGUGGUGCUCGUGAUGGUAAACAAGCUGAGCAAAAUGCUGGUGCUUUAGGAUGGCGUUUAACAAAUGAAGAAAUCUUACAAUUAGAGAGUCAUCAUGUCACUCCAAAUCUGACAUUUUUCAAUCGAAUGUGGCAACAUGGUUAA